AAAAAACAACAGUCAGCACAUUAUGGCAAAUUCUGCUGAAUAAUUGAUGGAACCUGAUUAAAAGGGAUUUUCACCGAAAUGUGCUCCAGGUACAGAAGUAAUGCCAAUGACUUCACAAAUGCGUGCAGCAUUUUUACAUCAUCAUAAUUCUUUAAGAAGUCAAGUAGCUAUGGGACAUGUACGUGGAUAUCCACCAGCAACUCGUAUGGCAACUAUGAGUUGGUCAGAUGAAUUAGCAAAUUUAGCUGCUUUGAAUACAUAUCAAUGUGAAAUUGAACAUGAUCAGUGUCGUGCAACUUUAGCAUUUAGAACUCCUGGUCAAAAUUUAUGUACUAGAAGUGGACCAUACGAAACAUUACAUGGCGUUAUAAAUCGCUGUAUAAAUGCUUGGUUUGAAGAGAAAACAAUUGCAAAACCAAGUUAUGUUGAUUAUUUAGUUGUCGAACCGCAUUUCAAACAAUAUGGACAUUUUACACAAAUGGUUGUUGAUAAAGCUUAUAAAGUUGGCUGUGCAGUAGUACGUUCACCAUCAUCAUAUUAUGGUAAAAGAUACUUUUUGGCAUGUAAUUAUAGUGCAUCACAAGUUAUCGGUAGACCAUUAUAUGUAAGAGGUAAAACUGGAAAAUAUUGUUCUACAGGAAGAAAUGCAUAUUAUCCUGGUUUAUGCAAUCCAAGUGAAUCAUUUCCAUCAAAUUAA